GAGUGGAGCCACUGAGACUUGUUCCAAGGCAGUUUGACUCUCCCCUAAUCAGGAUUCAAAACAACCAGUCUCUCAUAGAUUCCUAAUUAGAUCUCACUUUCCCCAAAUUACACUUCCCACACUAAUACUCCCAUACCUAGAGAGAGAAACAAGAGAGACAGAGAGAGAGAGAGAGAUGUCAAGACGAUCUGCUACCUGUUUGAGGUGCUGUUUGGUGGUGUUUGCGGUGGUUUCUGCAUUGGGGGUUUGCGGGCCGGCCUUGUAUUGGCGGUUCAAGAAGACCGUAAAGUUGGGGGGUUCUAAAAUCUCUUGCCCUUCUUGCAACUGCGAUUGCCCUCCUCCUUUGUCUCUCCUCAAGAUUGCUCCUGGAUUGGCCAAUCUCUCAGUCACAGAUUGCGGAAGUAAUGACCCAGAUCUGAAGCGGGAGAUGGAGAAGCAAUUUGUGGACCUUUUAACAGAGGAAUUGAAGCUGCAAGAGGCUGUUGCUGCAGAGCACACCCGACACAUGAACAUCACAUGUGCUGAAGCAAAGAGGGUGGCUUCUCAGUACCAGAAAGAAGCAGAAAAGUGCAAUGCUGCAACAGAAACUUGCGAGGAGGCGAGAGAGCGCGCUGAGGCAUUGCUCAUCAAGGAGAGAAAGGUGACUUUCUUGUGGGAAAGACGAGCCCGUCAAAUGGGUUGGGCAGGAGAAUAGCUUGUAAAAUUCGAUUGCAAGUUCUCGUUCGGCUCAACUAGCGAUUCUUCUUUCUCCGCAGUAUUUAUACACACAACCACGCAAAUUGCAUCGGUUGUUUCUUCCCCUGUUACAGCAUAAUUGCUAUCUUUCUCUUCCACUAGUUGUACUUGAUUGCCCUCAAACGUCAUAUAGUUACCAGAUUUUACCGUUUGAACAAAAUGUUAUGAUCCCUAGCCAACUCUACUUAUAUGAAGUAAUUCAUACCACAGUAAAAUUAUGAUUAGUAUAUAUUAUACAGGGAGCGGAUUCGUGGCUCUAUAUUUUUACACAA